AUGAUAUGUGAAAAUUAUUUUAAUACAUCUAGUAUAUUUUCAAAUUGGAGUAACAGCAAUAUUCGAUCCGAUCUAUCUGGUAUACUGAAGUACCCGGAACCGAUAUACGUCUCUAGUGCAAUUCAAAAGGCGAAAAUAACUGUGAACGAAGACGGUUCGGAAGCAGCUGCAGGAAACGCGGCUGUGAUCGGGAUAAGAACUGCGCCGAUGACUCCUGUGAAUACCUUUGAAACUUUCAACGCAAAUCGCCCUUUCCUUUAUUAUGUGUUAUUUGAAAAUGCACCCAUAUUUGCUGGAUUGUAUGCAGGAGAAAAUUAA